UUGACAUUUCAGAUUUGCAAACGGAGAAGCUCUGAAGGCGUUUGGAGAGAGGUGAAAUUCUUCAGAACUCCGAUUCGACCAACCGCAAAUGACGAUGAAAUUCAACGCCUGGGUUCUUUUGUUAUUGGUGAUCUACUCCGGCGUCGUCGAUUGCAUUGAUGACAAAUGCGCUGCUUGCAAUGCUGUUGCUGAGGAGAUAGAACAUGGACUUUCCAAUGAAAAACCGAGGAAUCAUUUAGAUAUGAGACAUCGGUUGGAUUCUAAAGGUCAGCGUAAGGGGAAGGUGAUUGAUUACAGGGUUAGUGAGCUAAGAGUUGUCGAACUCCUGGAUGGGCUUUGUGAAAAAAUGCAAGAUUACACUAUUGAGAAGACAGGUUCAACGGGACAACAGUGGAUCAAGGUGGAUAACUGGGACAACUUGACAAAUAAACAAGAAGCUCGGGCUUAUUCUAAAGAUAUAUCAACGUAUUGUGGGAGAUUAUUAGAGGAAACAGAAGAUGAUUUAGCUGAGUUGAUUAAGAAAGGAUCUGUCACGCCAGGUGACGUUAGCAAAGUUCUAUGCCAUGAUUUGAGCAGGCAUUGCAAUGCGAGCAGCGUUCAGCUGAAUGACGACGAUGAUGAAACAGAUGGAGAGCUAUGAAAGGAUGGCUGGAGAGAAGCCAUAAACGAUGCAAGAGUUAGCUUAUUUCAAAUUGAGAGAUAUGUGCUUACACGCUUAUUUUCUUGUAUAACAGUAGAACUUUGAUAGCACCUUGUACUACAAUUUUGAUAGAAGGCUAAAAGGAUGGGGUUAUGCUGAUUUAAAAGCCUGAGUAAAACUUAGGAACUUGAGGUAGGCUUCAUCAGUGGGACUUUUCUCCAAGGAGUCGACCAGAUCCCAAACAUGCAUUUAUUAAGCUAAAUGAUCUAAAAGUAAAACUAACCAUUUAUAAUAA